AUGGCGGCGGCGGAGAGCCUGGCGGUGGAGAGCGGAACCGGGCGGCAGGAGUACGUGCAGGACGGCUCGGUGGAUCUCCGGGGCAACCCCGUGCUCCGGUCCAAGAGGGGCGGCUGGACCGCCUGCUCCUUCAUCGUAGUGUACGAGCUGUUCGAGCGGAUGGCGUACUACGGGAUCGCGUCCAACCUCUUCGUCUACCUCACCGAGAAGAUGCACCAGGGCACGGUGGAGGCGUCCAACAACGUCACCAACUGGUCCGGCGUCGUCUUCAUCACGCCCCUGAUCGGCGCCCACCUCGCCGACGCCUACCUCGGCCGCUAUUGGACCUUUGUCAUCGGCUCCGCCAUAUAUUUCAUGGGGAUGCUGCUGCUGACGCUGGCUGUGACGGUGGGAGCGCUCAAGCCUCCGCCAUGCGUCGACAAACUUUGUCCGUCGCCGUCAGCCCUGCAGGUCGGCGUCUACUUUGGCGGGCUGUACAUCGUCGCCUUGGGCAACGGCGGCACGAAGCCUAACAUCUCGACCAUGGGCGCGGACCAGUUCGACGACUUCGACGCCCGGGAGAAGACCCACAAGCUCUCCUUCUUCAACUGGUGGAUGUUCACCAUCUUCACGGGCAUCCUCUUCUCCUCAACAGUCCUCGUCUACCUCCAGGACAACGUGAGCUGGUCCGUCGGCUAUGGCAUCCCCACUCUCGGCCUCGUCGUCUCCAUCGUCAUCUUCCUCGUCGGCACGCCUAUGUACCGCCACAAGGUGCCUCAGGGCAGCGCGAUCACGCGCAUUGGCAAGGUGCUCGCCUCCGCGCUGUGCAAACAGCGCCUACCCUUGCCGGCGAACGCCGAUGAGCUGCAUGAGCUGGAGCAAGAGGCGUACACGAGGAAGCACAAGUUCCGGAUGGAAUCCACGAACGACAUGUGGUUCCUCAACAAGGCGUCUGUGAAGGACGUCGGUGGCGCGUCCUCGACCUCAAAAUGGAGGCUCUGCACGGUGACGGAGGUGGAGGAGACGAAGCAGAUCUUGAAGCUGGUCCCUUUUGUCGUGACCAUGUUCGUGCCGUGCACGCUCAUCGCUCAGACCAACACCCUGUUCGUGAAGCAGGGCACCACCAUGAAUCGGCACAUGGGGCCACACUUCGAGAUCCCGCCGGCCAGCCUCGGCGCGUUCGUCACGCUCGCCAUGCUCAUCACCAGCGUGGUCUACGACCGGCUCUUCGUCAAGGCCGCACGAAGGUACACCAAUAACCCAAGAGGCAUCACCCUCCUCACGAGGAUGGGCAUCGGGCAGGUGAUCCAAGUCGUGACGAUGGCGACGGCGGCGCUCACCGAGAACCGGCGCCUGAGCUACGCGCGCAGCCUUGGGCUGGACGUGACCGGCGGCCAGCUCCCCCUCACCAUCUUCGUCCUCCUGCCGCAGUACGUGCUGAUGGGCCUGGCGGACGGGUUCGUGCUCGCGGGCGAGAUCGAGUUCUUCUACGACCAGGCGCCCGAGAGCAUGAAGAGCCUCGGCACGGCACUGUCGCUCACGGCGUACGGCGUGGGCAACGUCCUUAGCAGCUUCUUCCUGUCGCUGGUGGCUCGGGUGACGCGCGAGAGGACCGGCAAAGCCUGGGUCUCCAACAACCUCAACGCCUCACACCUCGACUAUUACUACGCGUUCCUCACGUUGCUCGCGGUCGCCAACUGUGUCGCCUUCGCUCUCCUCGCUAGCAGGUACAAGUACAAGGUGGAGUCUACUAAGACCAUCGACGUCGGCGUGGACGUGCAGCUCAAGCAGCUAGGCCGCCAAGAAGAUUCACUAUGA